AUGGGGCACCAAAUAGAGGACUGCGUGUCACUCAAACAACACUUGGAGGAGCUGGCUGUAACUAGGCAUUUGGAUCAGUACAUUGACGGGGGUAUGAGGGCUGCUCCACAAGGACAAGCUGAGCCAAAUGGCCUUGCCGUCCUAGAUGCGGCACUGCAAGGAGUAAUCAAUGUCAUUCACGAAGUCAUCGAACCAACGCGGGUUUGUGAGCUAAAGGAGAUGAUCAUGAAGGCCGAGCACAUGAGAAAAGUGCUCUCUGUUCAACCCGUCGUGAAGAAAGGGAAGAUCGAGAUAAAAGACGUCUUAACUUUUUCAAGAAAAGACUUGGAAAGACUAGAAACACCUCAUAAUGACGCCCUAGUUGUGACUCUUCAUGUCAAUGACUUCAACAUCAAAAUAAUACUGAUUGACUAG